AUGGCAGCGAUAGACGAGUACGACUUGCCUCCCCGGCCAACGAGACAGCGAAAGAUAUCGCAUAGAGGGGCCAGCGGGUUAUUCGACGACAUAGACGAGAGGAGUUAUCGCGACGCUCACGAGAUGCAUCAAGUACAGAGUCCACAAAGCGGGGCCCACCAGAGUGCGAAGGAGGAAAGGGCGGCGCGGCGCUUAGCGAUGGGGAAGCCGGCGGAGUCGCGGUUUGAGGGUUUUGUUGCGAGGGUUUUUACGAAGCAAAGCAGGAAGGGAGCCGAGGCUGAGAUCGAGGUGGAUGAGGGGAAAGAAGAGGGUGACGGGAGGAGUGAGAUUGAGAAACGAGGAAAGAGCAUGGUUGAGGAGGCUACCAUCUAUCAGCAGAAGGAAGCUGCCGCCGCGGCAGCGGCAGCAGCAUCGGAUAGUCUCUUCUUACGAGAGUGCGGUAUGGUUAGGGUCCAGGCGAAUGCGCCGGGAGGUUGUAUCAUUGUUCCGAGGAAUUUCGUCUAUCGCGAGGAUUUUACGUACAGGGAGGAUCGGGAUGCUGGGUGGAUAUAA